AUGUCCAAAGAAGACCAACAGUGUGAAAAGCAUUUUGUUGAGACAUUUACGCGAGACAGCUCUGGUCGUUACACUGUCAGACUUCCUUUUGUAAAAGAACCACCGCUAGUGAACAAUUCUUACCAGCUCGCUGUUCAACGCUUAAAGAAAGUUGAGAGAAGUCUGCAGACCAAACCUGCCUUACACCAACUCUACAAAGAUUUUAUGAGUGAUUAUGUAACAGCCCAUCACAUGACAUUAGUAGAGUCCACUAGUCCAAGUCCGAUUAUAUUCAUUCCACAUCAUCAAGUUUUAAACCCAUCCAGUACUACUACGAAGCUUCGUGUUGUGUUUGAUGGUUCAUGCACCAUGGACACAGGAAACUCAUUGAAUGAACUACUUCACAAAGGACAAAAAUUACAGAAAGAGGUAAUUGACAUAUUAAUCCGUUUCCGUCUACCUCGCUAUGUUAUUACCGCAGACAUUCGACAAAUGUUCCGACAAAUCUUAGUACACCCCGACGAUCGUGUCUACCAAGGUAUUGUCUGGCGUCCAAAUGAAUCUAGUCCAAUAAGAAGUUAUACCUUAAAUACGGUGACGUAUGGGCUUAUCACAUCACCAUACCAUGCUUUACGAGUCCUGAAGCAAUUGGCCUACGACGAGCAAGGGACUCAUCCUGAGGCAGCUGCGGUGCUACAGCGAGAUUUCUAUGUGGAUGAGGUAAUGACCGGACGAGAUGACAUUACUGCCACAAUCAAGCUACACCAGGAGCUACUACACUUGCUCGCCCGAGGUGGGUUUGAACUACGUAAGUGGGCCACCAACUGUGAAGCAGUUUUAACGCACAUUCCGACAGCACUAAGAGCCACUCAACUAACGCUGAUCGACCACAUGGAUCCGUCAAUCAAAAUAUUGGGUAUAUCAUGGAAUGCUCAACGCGAUACGUUCUCAUUUCAUGUUGAAUCUUCCAAGGUUGGUGAAACAUGUACUAAACGCUCAUUACUUUCGGAAAUCGCGAGGAUUUUUGAUCCGUGUGGAUGGUUAAGCCCACUUGUGAUCGUUGCGAAGAUCAUUAUGCAACACCUGUGGAAGAACAAGUUGGAUUGGGACGACCCGCUGCCUGACACACUGAUCAAAUGGUGGUCGGAUCAUCGAUCUUCCUACGGUGCUCUUCGCUUCUUUGAAUUACCACGGCAUUGCAAUGACGAACACACUCAGGUAACCACAUAUAGUCUACACGGUUACAGUGACAGUUCGGAACAAGCUUAUGCUGCUGCUCUCUACCUAGUGUCAGUGUUUCCUGACGGUAAAUCAUCAUCACAUUUAGUUCUGUCUAAGACCAGAGUUGCACCUCUUAAGACCCAAUCAAUACCCAGGCUUGAGUUGUGUGGUGCCACGUUGUUAGCAUCCUUGACCAAACACCUAUUAGAGGCACUGUCUACAAUCAACAUAGAAUCAGUCAACUUGUGGACGGAUUCUACAAUCACUCUACAGUGGAUUCAGAGUGAUCCACACCGGUGGACUACCUUUGUAUCCAAUCGAGUGAGUCAAAUUCAAACCUGGUGUCCCUCAGCGGUGUGGCGGCAUGUCCCGUCUCAGGACAAUCCUGCGGACCUGGCCUCCAGGGGCCUGUCAGGUGAUCAACUUAUUACAAAUGCCUUGUGGUGGCAUGGUCCACAAUGGCUAUUACCCCCCAAUCCAUGGCCACAGUCUACGUUUGAAUGUGAGGAUCCAAAUCAAACUCUCCAAGAGGAACGUAAGCCACAGGUAACUACACAUGUGACCACAGAAGCUGACGCGUUUAACUCCAACUUGCUAGCUAAGUACUCGGAUUUGAGUAAGUUAUUGCAUGUCACUUGUUACAUUUUACGUUUCUAUCACAACUGCCAAAAACCUGUAGCUCUUCGUCUAACUGGAUUACCAACUGUGUGUGAAUGGCGAUCAGCCAACUUAAAAUGGAUCCGGUUAGUACAACAGGAAUGCUUUCCAAUCGACCUUCAUCGGCUGCGACUGGGUCUCCCCGUCAAGUCAUCCAGUACUCUGGUCAGCCUAAACCCCUUCCUUGACAUAGCAGGGGUCUUACGCGUUGGUGGUCGACUCACUCAGUCUAGUUUACCUUAUGACAUGAGGCAUCCAGUUCUUUUACCAAAGGCACAUCUGUAUACAACUAUGGUAGUACGCUCCAUCCACCUUCUGCACCAGCAUGCUGGUCUCAAUGUCACUAUGUCUCUGGUGCGGCAGAAGUAUUGGGUUGUACAUGGGCGCAGCAUCAUCAGAAAGGUUCUUCAUGAUUGUGUUAAGUGUUACAGAUUUCGACAAGUCAAAACCCACCAACUCAUGGCUGACUUACCGGCUUUUAGAGUUAAUUACGCACCAGUGUUCAGCCAUUGUGGAGUUGAUUUUGCCGGACCUUUCAGUACUAAGCCCUCAGUUGGACGUUCAAGAAUUCCGAUACCUUCAUCGCCACACUGA